AUACUUGCAUUUAGAGGUACUUGUCUUAAAGUGUAUGUUGUUACAAUGGCAACUGGUCAGCAGUUUAAUUUGCGAUGGAAUAAUCAUACAAACAACAUUCUUCAGGUAUUUUUGGAGCAUUUGAGCAGUGAGAAUCUUGUUGAUGUGACAUUGUCUUGUCAAGGACAGUUUCUGAAGGCACACAAGAUGAUACUGUCAGCAUGCAGUCCCUAUUUCCAGGAGUUAUUUAGGCAACAUCAAGUUCAGCACCCCAUUAUCAUCAUGAAUGGGAUGAAAUUUAUUGAUAUGAAGCUCGUCAUUGAAUUCAUGUACCGGGGUGAGAUUAAGGUGUUGGAGGCUGAGCUGGAAGGCUUGUUGGCAGCAGCUGAGACUUUGCAGGUGAAAGGAUUGUCAAAUGUGCGUAACAAGUAUGAGAAAGGAGACAUUCAGUGUGCAGAUAAUCAACAGAACCAACAGCAACAACAACAACAGCAGCAGCAGCAACAUGAUGAUGUGGUUGAGAAAACUGAUGGUAACUCACAAGGCACACCACUCCACCUUCGUAGAAAGCGUAGAAAAGUCUCAGACUCGCCGGGUUGUGAAGAUGCAGUAUCUACAGAUAAUUCAGCAAAAGUAGCAACUCUGCAGACAGCAAGCGAUAGUGGAGUUGCAUCUGCCCCAGUGGCUACCAAGCAACCUUUACCAUUUGUGCAAGUUACAAUGAAUGACUACAUAGAUGAUGAUCUUCCAGCCACGAUCAAGGUGGAGCCACCAGACAUACGAGACAUUGAUGAGGAGGAUCCAUCUGGUUGGGAAUCUCCAAAGUUGGUCAUUGACUUGCCUGAAUCGAACGACUUCCCGAAGGUGAAUUCAGUACCUCAGAAAUCAGGACUGAGAAGCAACAAACAACCACGAAUUGGUUCACCAUCAGAAUUUGGCAAGGCUCGUUUACUGGUAGAAAUACAUCCACCUGUCUCAACAACAACAACAACAACAGCAACAACGGGUGCAGCAGUAGCGGGGUCAAGCAGAGAUAUGUUGCUGCCCCAGUUAUUAACAAAUCCACGGGAGAAAAAACAGAAUGCAUGGCCUAAACGUCGGGCAGGCAAGAUACCAAGGCCACCAAAUGCCUUCAUGAUCUUUGCCAACGAAUGGCGUCGCAAAUUGGCCUAUCAGUACCCUUCGGAGAGUAACAAGGAGAUCUCUGUACGACUGGGGGUGAUGUGGAAAAACUUGUCAGCUGAUGCAAAAGAAAAAUACUAUACAGCCUCACGCCAAGCAGAUGAGGAGCACAAGCGCAAGUACCCAGGGUAUUAUUACAGUCCCAAAGAGGCACGCAUGAACAAGAUGCACAAACAUAAUCUUGCUCUUGCUAGGAAAGGAAACAAACCUGUUGAUGCUAUGCAUCUUGUCAAGGUAUUCAUGACUGACAUGAAUGAGACCACUCCAUAUUUGAUAAUGCCAGAACAUGAUGUUCAGCCCAAGGAGGUGCAGAAGAAGCGGUCAUCCAGGUUAGAGAAGCAAGCAGAAACAUUGAGGAAAGGCGCUACUUCUUCUCAACAUGAAGAGGAAAAUGCAGGAGAGAAAGCUAAUACUUCAGGGGGUACUACCGUCACUACUUUGGGAGAUGAUGAGCCUGAGGUCAUUUCUGGGGUUGUUAAGACAGAGCCCUCUUCUUCAUCUGUAGGAAAUGAAGCUGAUGGAUUGCCAACUGGUGAUGAAAAUGGAAAAUCAGAAUCCAAGUCAUCUGAUACCAAUACAGAAGAAGAGGCCAAAUAAGAAUGCGGAUGUGAUUUUCUACAUAUUGACACAUAUUUGUCAUUUACUUUGCUUUAGAAGUGACAUGGUGAAGGCUCUGAAGUAAUAAGUUAAUACAAGGCUUUAGUACCAUUGUAAUGGACAGCUGAAUUUGUUUUGUUGCAUUUUUUAGACAGCUAUUAAUUUAAUUUAGAAUAGAUAUUAUGUAUGUGUGUAUAUAUAUAUAUAUAUUACUUUCUGUCAUUAGGUUCAGCUUCUUCCAUAGUUUUGCAUUGCUUUUUUUUAAAAAAAAUAUUCUAAGUGUUACCAUGAAUAUUUCCAUGUCACUUCUUAGCACUCGGACAGAUUGUGUGACAUGCAUGGAUGGAACAACUUUUGUGAAGUGAUUCUUAGGUGUAAUCUCAGUCACUGUUUGUCAAAGUUGCAGUGUGGUAAAUGGUUCCAAUCUGGAAAGAAUAAAUGUGUGUGUGCAUAGAUUUAUGAAGUUAAGUGUCAUUUCUUUUAGUCAUAUUGGCACAAGCAAUGCCAGACUAAGUAGAAAAGUGUUAGUCAACAUAUAUCCUGAAUGUAUUAUGGAGAUAUAGCAAACUCAUUGUAUAAGGCAUAUGGGAACAGUUGGGAAUGUUUGUUGCAUGAUGGUAUUUUAUUGUUCUGUCAUCUGAUACAGAGUACUGUAUUAUUGGUCAGUCAUGUUCUUGAAGCUUCUGUCACUUCAAUUUCAUGAUGUUGAUACCCCAUACAACUUGACUGGAGGAUUGUGCAGACAGUAUUUGCAAUGCUCCUAGUAUAUACAGUGCGUGCCAGACUUAUUUUUGCGUCAAGCUGUGAUCUAUAAAAGCUUGUACUUUCAUCAGUAUCUUAUAACAGAUGGUGGUUACA